CGGGCGAAGGGGCUCAGUCGGCGCCGCCAUGUUGGGGCUCGCGGGUCGCUGCGCCGCCGCCGCCGCCGCCGCCGCCGCCCGGCCGGUGCUGAGCCGCGGGGCCGGGCCGGCCAACGGCCUCCUGCCGCUACUCCUCAGCCGCGGGGCCGGCCCGGCCGCCGCCACCGGCAGCCGCCGCCGCUAUGCCGCGCAGCCGGCCCCCGCCGCCAAGGCCGGCGCCAGCACCGGGCGCAUCGUGGCCGUUAUCGGUGCCGUGGUGGACGUGCAGUUCGACGAGGGGCUGCCGCCCAUCCUCAACGCCCUGGAGGUGCAGGGCAGGGAGACGCGGCUGGUGCUGGAGGUGGCGCAGCACCUGGGGGAGAACACCGUGCGCACAAUUGCCAUGGACGGGACAGAAGGCCUGGUGAGGGGACAGAAGGUGCUGGACUCUGGCGCGCCCAUCCGGAUCCCCGUUGGCCCUGAGACCUUGGGCAGAAUCAUGAAUGUCAUCGGGGAGCCCAUCGACGAGAGGGGUCCCAUCACAACGAAACAGUUUGCUGCUAUCCACGCCGAAGCCCCCGAGUUCGUGGAGAUGAGCGUUGAGCAGGAGAUCCUGGUGACGGGGAUCAAGGUGGUGGACCUGCUGGCCCCCUACGCCAAGGGCGGCAAGAUCGGUUUAUUCGGAGGUGCCGGCGUCGGCAAGACGGUGCUGAUCAUGGAGCUGAUCAACAACGUGGCCAAAGCUCACGGCGGUUACUCGGUGUUCGCUGGCGUCGGGGAGCGAACCCGGGAGGGGAAUGACUUGUACCACGAGAUGAUCGAGUCCGGGGUCAUCAACCUGAAAGACACCACUUCCAAGGUGCGCGGGGUCUGCGGGGGGCAAGGGGGGGAUUCCAACGGCGCGGCGGCCGUGCUGACGCUGGGUUCCGCCACCCCCCCCCCGCCCCAGGUCGCCCUGGUCUACGGGCAGAUGAACGAGCCCCCGGGUGCCCGCGCCAGAGUGGCGCUGACUGGAUUGACAGUGGCCGAAUACUUCAGGGACCAGGAGGGUCAGGACGUGCUGCUCUUCAUCGACAACAUCUUCCGCUUCACCCAGGCUGGCUCAGAGGUGUCAGCCCUGCUGGGGAGAAUCCCCUCCGCCGUGGGCUACCAGCCCACGCUGGCCACCGACAUGGGCACCAUGCAGGAGCGGAUCACCACCACGCGCAAGGGUUCCAUCACGUCGGUGCAGGCCAUCUACGUGCCCGCCGAUGACUUGACCGACCCUGCCCCCGCCACCACCUUCGCCCACCUGGACGCCACCACCGUGCUGUCCCGCGCCAUCGCCGAGCUGGGCAUCUACCCGGCCGUGGACCCGCUGGACUCCACCUCCCGCAUCAUGGACCCCAACAUCGUGGGGCCCGAGCACUACGACGUGGCUCGGGGCGUGCAGAAGAUCCUGCAGGACUAUAAGUCCCUGCAGGACAUCAUCGCCAUCCUGGGCAUGGACGAGCUGUCGGAGGAGGACAAGCUGACGGUGGCGCGGGCGCGCAAGAUCCAGCGCUUCUUGUCGCAGCCCUUCCAGGUGGCCGAGGUCUUCACCGGCCACAUGGGCAAGCUGGUGCCGCUGAAGGAGACCAUCAAGGGCUUCAAGCAGAUCCUGGCGGGUGAAUACGACCACCUCCCCGAGCAGGCCUUCUACAUGGUGGGGCCCAUCGAGGAGGCGGUGGCCAAGGCGGAGAAGCUGGCCGAAGAGCAUGUGUGAGCAGGGCCGCCCCCCCCCCCCCCGCCCCCUUCCCUGGCUCUGUGCGGGGCCAGACCCCCCCCCCCCCCCAAAAAAAAAAAAAAAAGUAUUUAAAAUUUCCAAUAAAAUGUUGGUGAAAACA